AUGGAACUAAAUCGUAUGAUCGUAACGGUGCCAAAUACGACCGAUUCGACGUCACCACUGCCAGCGUUAAGGCAACGAACGGUCAUUGAUCAGUCCCAAUCGGCAUCAGUUUACGUGUCGUCGCAAUCACUCAAAAUGCCACCCAAAAAUCAAAUACGUCCACUAUUUCCGAAGAAAGCAUCACCUGGUUUACACCACUGUCUUGUUGAACCGGUACCGUUGCUGUCCAUCGACUUGAGUGAUCAACAACGAAAGAAAAAAAUGGAAGCCAAUUUGAGAGCGUUCGAAAGCAUUGAAACACGAGAAUUAUUAAUCGAUUAUUUAUGGAAACAAGGUGGUGAAAUGAUUCCAACAGACGAUAUUCCGGAACGUUUCAAUAGUGAUGCGGCUAAACUGAAUGGACUGCUUGGACUUUCAACGGUUUUUAUUUGUUUAUUUACUCAGUAA